AUGAGCGAGCCCGAUGCGGCGCCGACGGUGGAUAACGACGGGUAUUGGAAAGACGUUGGUCUUGGCAAAGGCGCGUGGCAGUGCGACGACGACGGCGGGUUUGAAAUUAAGCCCGACGAAGAAGGAGCAAUUUUCGAGGAGAUUCCAACCGCGACGUCGGAGCGCUUUGAGAUCAUCCCAUACGUGCUCACGGUGCCGCCGAGGACGGACGAAGAACACGUCGCCGUCUUUUUCGAUGGAUGCAGGUACAGGCUCGCGUUUCCAGAUCUCGCGAAGAGCGUUCGGGCGCUGAAGGAGGCGCUCGUGAGAGGUGGUUUAGGCGCCGGAGCGGAGAUGACCACGGGACGGCGCGCGGUGUUGGAUAAUGGCGCAGACGAUCUCGUCAUUUUCUAUCGUAUGGUCGAGAUGGAGGAUGACAAAAGCGUCGAGAGUUACGGGGUCCCAGUGGGGUGCAAAAUUUUGCUAGGGUGCGACCGUCGCCUCGUCGAGCGUGCGCGUAAAGGUCUCGGUCCAGGAGAGGAUGACGAUUACUGGGCGUGA